AUGGUAGUGUUUUUCAGAAGGAGGAAGGUUUCGCUAGCAGAUCAGGAUACUGGUGAGCCAGUCAGGAAAUCAAGGAAACCACCAAAUACGGCAUUCAGGCAACAGAGACUCAAAGCUUGGCAGCCAAUUCUCUCACCACAAAGUGUACUGCCAUUGCUGAUAUUUGUUGCUUGUAUAUUUGCUCCUAUAGGUAUUGGUUUGAUAGUGAGUGCCACAAACGUUCAAGACCUUGUUAUCGAUUACAGCAGAUGUGAAACGGAUGCAAGUGGCCAGGAUUUCAGUGAAAUACCCUCCAAGUUUGUACAUUACCACUUCAAAAGACCAGUCACGACCAAACCCAGCUGGAAGCUUGAUGAAAGUGAUCCGAGCACUACCUUUUGUCAAAUACGAUUUCAGGUACCCAAUCGUAUUAGGCAUCCAGUUUAUCUUUACUACAAAUUGACGAAUUUCUAUCAGAAUCACCGUAAGUACGUGGAAUCCGUGGAUAUCCAGCAGCUAAAAGGUGAGGCAAUUGAUGCUGAUAACUUGAAUAGCAACUGCAAUCCUCUCAGGAAAUCCGGCGGGAAGGCGGUAUAUCCCUGUGGUCUAAUAGCUAACUCGAUGUUCAACGAUACUUUCAGUACGGUGCUUGAAGGUAGCGAUGGUACAGAGGACUUCCAGCUAACUAACAAAGACAUAGCGUGGGCGAUAGAUCGCCAUCGCUUCAAGAAAACUAGUUACAACGCUUCACAGAUUGUUCCACCUCCUAAUUGGGCUAAGAAAUAUCCUGAGGGUUAUACAGAUGAAAACAUACCUGAUAUAAGCUCUUGGGAGGAAUUGCAGGUAUGGAUGAGGACAGCUGCAUUACCAAAGUUUUAUAAACUGGCGCUGAAAAAUGAAACAGGAGAACUGCCCAAUGGAACAUAUACCAUUAGAAUUGAGCAAAACUAUCCUGUCUCAUCGUUUGGAGGAUCGAAAUCGAUAGUUUUGACGACAAGUAGCAUUAUCGGAGGAAGGAAUAUCUCCCUGGGUGUACUCUACUGCAUUGUUGCGGGUAUAUCGGCACUUUUCGCUAUUAUUUUCCUUGUCAAGGUCAUAAUACAGCCAAGAACCAUGGGCGACCAUUCAUACCUGAACUUUGACAGCAACGUCGAAAGCCAUGUAGAGCAACAGAGCAACAACAACAACAUCCCCCUCAGGGAGAUUCUCUAA